AUGCCCCAGGCCCUCUCAUUCUCUGCCUGGUCGUCGCUGCACAUGUCUAGGAGCCCACGUGUAACGACGACGCCAACAAAGAAGAAAGGACCCGCUCCGUACCAACCCCAACCAGUCUCCGCCGCAUCCCCCCUCUCGUCGGUGCCCGCAAUGUCGCGCGACGCAUUCGUGGUCGCUGCGGGCUCGGGAACGCCCCGUGCAACCAGCAUGAGUGGCAAGAAGCGCCCCCGUGAGAGCGACGAGGGCCACAGUGCUGCUCGUCGCACCCGCUCUGUCGGCGCCGGCGGCGACGGCACCCGUGACAACAGUGCCGCCCGCGAGCGUGAGGCCUUUCAACGCCAGCUCAUCGGUGUAUUCGUGCCUCGAGCACUGAAGGAGAGCGCAGAGGGCAACUCGGCAAACUAUUCCGACCUCGUUGCACACUUUCUUCCCACAGCUCUCCAGCCCAUUGUCCAGCUCCCUCCACUCCUCCCCCUCCUCCGCGCCCUCACCGCGCACGUCUCCCUCCUCUCUCCCGACCUCCACGGCAACCUCGUGAGCGCGAUCCUCGCCCUCCCCUGGGCAACGGGAGACGACCGUUUUGUUAAAACCUUUGUCGGAUGGGCGGGCGUCCUCGUCUCUGCUCACCCCGGAUGGGCAAAGGAGGUCGUGGGCAUGGCGGUGAAGGGUUUCAAGUGGCAGCCCACCUUCGGUUCCGAAUCGACUAUCACCAGGCGCAUCUUCCAUGCCCGCCACCACUUCCUGUUGGCACACCUGCUCGAGCUCAUCCCUACGCUCCCUACCGUCUUGCAGCAGAUCCUGUCCCGCCAGGCGCCGCACAAGCGCGAAACCGAGGUCGUCCAGUCGACAUGGGUGCGCAACUGCUGCGACCUGAUCGAGUACUGCCCCGAGCUCGGCGCCCGUGUGUGGUCGGGUCUUGUGGACAAGAUGCUCCGUAUCGACCUGGAGAUCACCAACAGCGUCGAGGACGACGAUGACGAUGAUGAUGACGACGAUGAUGACGACGAGGACGAGGAUCUUGCUCCUGCGCCUGCUAUCGACCCAUUUGACCUCUUCGUUUCGCAGGACGUACCCAAGGACAGUGUCGAUGAGGAGAGCGAUGACGAGAGCGACGAUGAGGCAGACCCGGACAUUGAUGCUCUCAGCUCGGACGAAGAGCCCGAGAGCGACGAGGACGACAAACCCAACAUGGCCAAGCUGGCCGCUGCUCGCAAGCUGAAGCGCGAUGCUCUGCGGUCGAUGCGGUCCAAGCUCGAUGCAAUGCUCGCCCACUUCCUCCGCCACCUCCAAGAGUCCAUGGGCGUGAGCGAGCGUGGCCUGUCCGCUGCCGAGCUCGGUGCUCAGGUCGUCCCUUCAUCCCAGAGCUCGGGAGCGUCGACCCCUCGCAACCGCCCGGGCACCCCGACGACAUCCACCACCCCCAACACCUCGCUGUCAUCGCGUCCGGCACUCUCCCCGGCCCAGUCGCUUGCCCACUUCCAGACGCUCCUCAACCUCUUCUCGCGCCAAAUCCUCCCCACGAGCGCGACCCAGCACCUCCCGUUCGUCAUCUUCAUGUGCUCGAGCAUCUCACCGGCCCAUACCGAGCUGUUCCUGCACCUCCUCGUCUUGCAAGCGCUGUACGCGCGUACAUCGGACGCUCCCACCCUCGCCUCACAGCCCGUGUCGCUGCAGCAGCGCGUAGCGGCCACUGUCUACAUCGGCUCGCUCGUCUGCCGUGCGCGCUUCGUCACCGACGACCAGGCAAGGACUGUUAUGCAGUACCUCCUUGCCUACGUCGAGGGAAAGCUCGCGCAGGCUCGCGGUGGCGACGCCGCCUCCCUUGCAGCCCUUGACGAGCUUCCGCUCUUCUACGCCGUCUGCCAGGCCUGCAUGCUCAUCUUCUGCUUCAGGUGGCGUGCGUUCGGUCCCGGAUCCACCACCAAUGACGACUGCGUCACUGGUGAGCUGGAGAUGGACGAUGUCACCGCCGACUCUGGCGCGGCCGGUGGCCCAUGGCUGUCCGACCUCGACACGCUCCAGCGCGCCCUCACAUCCGAGCUCAACCCUCUCCUUGGCUGCAACCCCACAAUCGUCAACACGUUUGCCAAGGUCGCCCACUCUACCGGCUUUGCGUACUGCUUCAGCAUCAUCGAGGCCAACCAGCAGGCCGCAGCGCGCGCGAGCACCUCGACCCUCCGCGGUAGCGGCUCGGGCCACAACAGCCCUGCCGCCAACGGCCGCUCGGGAUCCACCUCGGCCCAGGGUUCUGGCUCGGGGCGCAAGCGUACGGCCCCCGUUCACGCCGCGCCGCGCAUGGCGCGCCAGGCUAACGUCGAAGCCGGCCUCGACUCAUACUUCCCCUUUGACCCGUACGACCUGCCCCGGUCGGGCGAGUUUGUCGAGUCCAUCUACAGGACAUGGGACGAGGUGGCCGUCGACCUCGGCGGCGACUCGGACUCGGACUCGGACUCUGGCUCGGAGGAGGAGGAAGAGGAUGAGGACGAGGACGAGGACAUGGAGGAGCUCGACUCGGACGACGAGCGCGGUAUGGCCAUCAGCCGCUCCAAGCCCCGCGCCAUGCCGCGUCUCCCCAAAGUCGGCUCGUACGGCGAGCACCGUCGUCGCGACCUGCUCCGUGACGGCGGGUUGAGUACCAGUUUAGAAAACAUGAGCAUAUCACCAAACGUCUCGGGCCUGGCGUAA